AUGUCCGGGGGCGGCGCCGACGGCAAGGCCGAGCAGCCGUCUGUUCCGGUGCAGCUGACACGCUUAGUUCCGGUGCGGGUCGUCAGCGUGCACGGCGACUUCUUCGACACGGAGCUGCACCAGGACGCCCCCAUGCGCAUCCUGCAGCAGGCGGCGGAGGACUGCUUCAAGGUGCGUCCCGAGCUUCAGCUGCUCACGCACAACCGGCAGCAGAUCAACCCGAAACUCUCGCUGCGGCGCAACGGCUGCCUGCUGUUGAAGGGGGACCCCUACGUGAAGAUUGUGCUGGACAUUAAAAAGGGCACAAAGUUGAACCUCGUCUGCCAGGUGCCGCACCACGAGCCCGUCCCGCUGGCGUGCGAGGGAGCGGACACUGUGUGGGAGGUGAAGAAGAAGCUGUGCACCGCCCUCGCCAAGGCGGAGCUGACGCCGCAGCGCAUACGGCUGCUGUGGCGCUACUGGGAGCUCAACGACAAGGCGACGUUAGAUUACUACCACCUUCCCACCAACGCCAAACUGUCCGUGAUGCGGAAGCGCGGUUUUGUAGCGAAGCCACAACCCCAGCAACAGAGGCGCGAAACAGGCUCUGUUGCGGCAGCGGGGUCGGAUGGAGGUUUCGGUGCGACGACGGCGACGGCAGUCGCGACACCGCAGCAGGGCCAUCGACCCGCUGCUGGGAUAGAGAAGGUCAGGGGGCACACGGUGGCGGGGCCGACGGUGUCCAUCUCGCCGUGGACCGUGCCGCCGCGGCAGUUUGGUCACGCUGUGAUUCCGCUUGAUCCGCUGACGAGCAACCUUGCGGCGACUUCUCCGGAAGCUGAGGCACAGCUGCGUCCCGCGACGGGCAUGGAACUAGCGGGGGCCGCACCCACGUUGAACGCGUCCGAAAUCGCCCAGCUGAAGCAGGAGCUUGCCUCACUCGAGCGCCGCAUUGCGACAUCUGGCGUCGAUCGCGCGGACUACGAGUUGCUUGAAGAGUCCUAUCGCGCCACUCUGGGACGGGUGGCCGAACUAGAGGCCACCAUGGGUCGCUUUCAGCAUCUGCUAAAGCGGGCGCUCACCCUGAUGUGA